CACACACACACACACACACACGAUAGGGAGCUGAUAAAGUCUUCCAUCUGCCUGACUUGCGUGACUUAAAGACUGUCGGAGGAAACUGGACGUCUGCACAGACAGUUCUGCAGUUCUGGAAGUCAAACACAGGCUUCUGGUACCACGAGGAUCAUCGUUACGCCUUUCUUACUGAGUGGUAUGACCCUACGGCGGCUCUCCUGCGGCGCUACCAACUGUUCUACUACCCCAAAGAUGGCUCAGUGGAAAUGUUAUACCACUAGGAGGAGCUCAACUGACUUUGUCCCCACCACUUGCUGGCAAGACAACCUUUUUAUACUCAGCAGCUGUUGGAAUUAGCUUCCCAAAGUCGUGAUGAAAUUGAAGGAGUGGGCAGGUUCAAAACUGCUGUAAUAAAAUGGUGAAGGGACAGUUUGAUGUGAAAAACCAGAGAAUAUUUUUAAGACGGACCAAAUAUGAGCACCUCCAUCCAGAGGACCUGUUCGUCGGGAAUCGGGUGAACGUGUUCUCACGACAGCUCAAUCUGAUAGACUAUGGCGAUCAGUACACAGCAAACAAACUGGGCAGCAAAAAAGAAAGAACUCUUGCUUUUAUAAAGCCAGAUGUUGUUACCAAGAUCGGAGAUGUCCUUGAAUCGAUCUACGCCUCCAACCUGAUUGUGACCAAAGCCAAAAUGACAAAGCUUACAUGGAGCCAAGCAGCAGACUUUUAUGUGGAACAUCAGUCAAAGCCGUUCUUCAAUAACCUGGUGCAGUUUGUGUCCUCGGGCCCUGUGGUUGCCAUGGAGCUGAUGGGUGAUGAGGCCAUGUCUAUCUGGAGGAGGCUCCUGGGACCUGCAGACUCCGCUGUGGCGCGGAAGGAGGCACCGCAGAGUGUCCGUGCCCAGUUUGGAACAGAUGGCAUCAAAAAUGUCGGACAUGGCUCUGACUCACUUGCUGCAGCAGCAAGAGAACUUGAAUUUUUUUUCCCUUCCACAAUUGGCAUCGGUCCCUCGAAUACAGCCAUCUACACAGACUGCACAUGCUGCAUCAUCAAACCUCAUGCCGUAUCAGAAGGUCUGACUGGGAAGAUCCUGAACUCCAUAUCUGACGCCGGAUUUGAAAUCUCAGCCCUUCAGAUGUUCAAUGUGGACCGGGCAAAUGCAGAAGAAUUCUAUGAAGUUUACAAAGGUGUUGUCACAGAAUAUCCCAGUAUGGUGACCGAGCUGUGUUCUGGACCCUGCAUGGUUCUGGAGAUCCACGGCAGCAACACACCGCAGUCAUUCAGGGAGUUCUGCGGGCCUGCCGAUCCAGAAAUUGCCCGGCAUCUCCGACCGACCACAUUGCGCGCUCUUUAUGGCAAAGACAAAGUGAAAAACGCAGUGCACUGUACGGACCUCCCUGAAGACGGUGUCCUGGAGGUGCAGUACUUCUUCAAGAUUUUGGACGGAUGAAUGCAAAAGAAGAACUACAUAUUCAAAGACUUGACAAUUCAGUCUCAUUUUUCUGUUUAUUGUUUCAGCCUUAUGCAGAUUAAAUAAAGUGACAAGAGCA